AUGUCUCUUUCCAACAAGCUCGCUAUCACCGACGUCGAUCUCAAGGGGAAGAGAGUCCUCAUAAGGGUCGACUUCAACGUCCCGCUCGACUCCGAAAAGAACAUCACCAACAACCAGCGCAUCGUCGGCGCCCUUCCCACCAUCAAAUACGCUGGCGACCAUGGCGCCAAGGCCAUCAUCCUCAUGUCCCACCUCGGCCGCCCAGACGGUCACCCCAAUCCGAAGUACUCGCUAAAACCUGUCGUUCCGGAGCUCGAGAAGUUACUCGGGAAGAAAGUUAUCUUCACCGAGGACUGUGUGGGAAAGGAAGUCGAGGAGACAGUGGAUAAAGCUAGUGAUGGGGAGGUGAUAUUGUUGGAGAAUCUGCGAUUCCAUGCGGAGGAGGAAGGGAGUAGUAAGGAUAGCGAAGGAAAGAAGGUCAAGGCGGAUAAGGGAGAUGUGGACAAAUUCCGCAAGGGACUGACGGCGCUGGGUGAUGUCUACAUCAAUGACGCAUUCGGUACAGCACACCGCGGUCACAGCUCUAUGAUUGGGGUAAAGCUGCCGCAGAAAGCCUCGGGAUUUUUGAUGAAGAAGGAAUUGGACUAUUUCGCCCAAGCGCUCGAGAAGCCCAAACGACCUUUCCUAGCCAUACUUGGUGGUGCUAAGGUCUCGGAUAAGAUCCAGCUGAUUGAUAACCUGCUUUCGAAAGUGGACAGCUUGAUCAUCUGCGGUGGUAUGGCGUUUACAUUCAAGAAGACACUCGAGAAUGUCAAGAUCGGCAACAGCUUGUUUGACGAGGCCGGCAGCAAAACCGUGGGCGAUCUGGUUAAGAAGGCAAAGAGGAAUGGCGUUAAGCUGGUGCUACCCUGCGAUUAUGUGACAGCGGACAAGUUCGACAAGGAUGCAAAGACCGGCUAUGCAACCGACUCUGAGGGUGUCCCAGACGGCUGGAUGGGGCUUGACUGCGGCGAAAAGAGUAUUGAGCUCUUCAAGAAAACCAUCGCUGAGGCCAAGACGACACUGUGGAAUGGACCACCAGGUGUCUUUGAGAUGGAACCGUUUGCGAAUGGAACAAAGAUGGUUAUGGAAGCUGCGACGGAAGCAGUGAAAAAGGGAAAUAUCGUCAUCGUUGGGGGUGGAGACACAGCGACUGUGGCGGCCAAGUAUGGGGUUGAGGAUAAGCUCAGUCAUGUAUCGACUGGGGGUGGAGCGAGUUUGGAGUUGCUUGAAGGCAAGGAGCUGCCGGGCGUCAGUACGCUGUCGGAGAAGCCGAGGGGUAAGUAG